AUGUCACAAUCUCUUUCAUCGUCAACGAGCGGCGGCGCGCCAGGUGCUUUUGGAUCCGCGUCGUUCGCCAUCCAGGAUGCCGGCCCGCGUCUUGCAACUACCGCCUCCAACAAAACGCUGUUGAUUGACAACUACGACAGCUUCACUUGGAACAUUUACCAGUACCUGUGCGAGCUUGGUGCAAACGUCUCCGUCAUCCGGAACGAUGCCAUCUCGCUGCAAGGCUGCAUUGAUUUUAACCCGACGCACCUGGUCAUUUCGCCCGGACCAGGCCAUCCGUCAACAGACUCUGGCAUUUCCUGUGCCGCGCUUCUGCACUUUGCUGGCAAAAUCCCGAUUUUGGGCGUCUGUCUUGGUCACCAGGCCAUGUUCGAGGUGUUUGGUGGCAAGGUUAUUCAUGCUGGUGAAAUCCGCCACGGCAAGACUUCCACGCUCCAUCACGACGGAAAGGGUCUCUACCUCAACGUGACUCCCGAGAUUCAAGUGAUUCGCUAUCAUUCGCUCGCCGGCGACCGCUCGCUGGUGCCAGAAUCGCUGAUUGUGUCUUCUCGCACCGACUCUGGCGUCAUCAUGGGCGUCCGGCAUCGCGAGUACGUCUGCGAGGGCGUGCAGUUCCAUCCGGAAUCCAUCAAGUCUGAGGAAGGCAUGCUGAUGAUGCGCAACUUUUUGUCGUGGACUGCCGGCACCUGGAGCGAGCAGGAGCAAAAGCAGCAACAGCAGCAACAGCAGCAGCAACAGUCCACCGCUGCCGCCGCCGCACCUUCCGCAGCGCCCAUUCCAACUACAACUUCCCCGGCAGAGAUUCCGGCCAUUCCCAUGCGCGAGUGCGUCAAGAAACUGGCGGACGGCUCGGGCCCUGUGGACAACCUUGACAUUGUGCGUGCUGGUAUUCAAGCCAUGCUCACCGGAUCGGCCACCCCGGCUCAAGUUGCUUCGUUCUUGCUGGCGCUGCGCUUCCGCGGCCACACCCCGACUGUUGUCGCUGCGUGCGCCGAAGUCAUGUCGCGCCAUGCACUCCGAAUUGAUGCCCCCGCAUUGUCGCUCAACUGCUUCCCGGAUUCGCCUCUCGACGUGGUUGACAUUGUUGGCACUGGUGGCGACGGACUUGACACGUUCAAUGUGUCCACCGCAGCCGGCAUUGUCGCCUCUGCCUGUGGUGUGCGCGUGGCCAAACACGGCAACCGUUCUGCGUCGUCGCUUUGUGGCGCAGCCGAUCUCAUCGAAGCCUGCGGUGCAAACCUCGAGCUCGAUCCUGCGGCCGUGGCUUCCAUUUUGCAGUCGACUGGCUUUUGCUUCUUGUUCUCGCAGCGCUUCCAUCCUGCCAUGCGUCACGUGGCGCCCGUGCGCAAGGAGAUUGGCACAAAGACCAUUUUCAACAUUCUGGGCCCAAUGUCGAGUCCUGCCCGUCCACGAGCCCUGGUGGUUGGCGUGUUUUCCCCCGAGGUCGGACGUCUGAUGGCCGAUGCACUUGCCCUCCGUGGUGUUCAGUCUGCCCUCGUGGUUCAUGGUCAGGACGGUCUUGAUGAGAUCAGCCCGGCGGUACCUACGACCGUUUGGAGACUGCGUGGCUCACGAAUUGAGGAGUUGACCAUUUCUCCCGCCGACUUUGGCCUGCCUCUUCACGCCCUUGAGGAGGUCGUGGGUUCUCAUCCUCAAGCGAACGCAGCCACGUUGUUCCAGCUCCUCGAGGGGAAGAUUGACGGCGCAAUUCUCGAUUUCGUGACCAUGAACGCGUCCGCGCUGCUCGUUGCUGCAGGCGCGGCUGCUGAUUUCAAAGCUGGCGUCGCCCAGGCCAAGCAAGCCAUCGCUUCAGGCCGUGCGCUUCAAGUCCUGCAGCAUCAGCCCCGCUUGAUGACGACCAUUCUCGAUACCAUCACUGCGCAGCGCGCACUUGAUGUGCGCGACGCAAGGGCGGCCGUCUCGGAGGAGCAGCUGCAAGCUCUCAUCAGUGCCUCGGCGUUCGCCCCGUGCAACAUCCACACUGCGUUGUCAAGUGCCUCGACUCAGUUCUCGCUGAUUGCUGAAAUCAAGCGAGCCUCGCCUUCAAAGGGCGACAUUGCACCCGGCAUGAAUGCUGCCGAGCAAGGAUUGCGGUAUGCGCACGCCGGCGCUCUCGGCAUCUCCGUCUUGACCGAGCCCAAGUGGUUUAAAGGCUCGUUGGAGGACAUGCUGGCCGUGCGCACGGCGCUGCAAGCUGCCUUUCCUCAGAACGACCGGCGUCCGUUUGUUCUCCGGAAAGACUUCAUUUUCGACACGUACCAGCUUCUCGAGGCGCGUGCGAACGGCGCCGACACGGUCUUGCUGAUUGUCAAGUGCCUCAGCCAAGAGCUGCUCGAGUCCCUGCUGGAAGCCUCGCGUGGUCUUGGAAUGGAGCCCUUGGUCGAAGUGGCAGACGCGGACGAGACGAGGCGUGCUGUGGCUGCUGGCGCAAAGGUGAUUGGCGUCAACAACCGGAAUCUGACCGACUUUACGCUGGACAUGGGCAGAACCAGCGCACUGGCUGCUCUCAUCCCACCCAACCAAGGCGUUAUCUUGGUCGCCUUGUCUGGCAUUGCCACUCGAACCGACGUUGUGCGAUUUGCCUCCAGCGGUGCCCGAGGCGUGCUGGUUGGUGAGGCGCUGAUGCGCGCCAAGGACCCUGCGCGCUACAUUUCGUGGUUGCUCGGCUCGUCUGGAACGCGCGAGCCUUUGGUCAAAGUCUGCGGCGUCAGCACCGUCGAGCAUGCGUUGUGCGCUGCGCGAAAUGGCGCCGACCUGAUUGGCAUGAUUUGCGUGCCGGAAUCCAAGCGCUACGUUCCUCCCGAGCUUGCCAAGCAAAUCAUCCAGGCCGUUCGAGCAGACGCCAGCCAAAAUAGCAAGGCCGAGACCGACAGCGCCCUCCAAGAGCUGCGCGCUCUGGCCGGUGGUGACGUUUCACGCGAGUGGGGCAAGUCCGAGUGGUUCCGCCACACCGCCGAUAUUCUCGAGCGGGUUUUGCUGCAGCGUCGUCCGCUGUUUGUCGCUGUGUUUGCUGACGACACGUCCGAACGCAUCAAUAGCGUCGCGGCUGACCUGGGCGUCGAUUUGGUGCAGCUGCAUGGAACCACCGAGCCGGCCGGUCUCUCGCUCCGCAUCAACUUCCCAGUCAUUCGUGCCAUCCACGUGGCUCCGCACGAUACCACUCAAUCGGUCGUUGAUCAGCUGGUGCCAGGUCGCUUUGCGUUUGGCCUCCUGGACACGUUCGUCCGCACGAUGCCUGAGGCGCCCAUGACCCGCUCUCGUUCACUGACGCCCUCAGAGCUGUAUGAGGCCGCGAAAAAUGCGAGCGAGCCCGAGGCAGGCACGGGAGUUGUCGUGACUGCGGGAGUGCCCAAUUCGCUGACUGCGGCAGGCUCCUUCAUGCGGCCCGUCGCCGCACUUCUCAAGCAGGGAGGCAGCGGCGUGACUUUCGACUGGAAGGUGGCCAAGGAUGUCGCCGCAGUGCAUGCCAUCCCAGUGCUCGUUGCGGGCGGCCUGUCUCCAAGUAACGUCAUGGAAUGUGUUGCUGUCGCGCUUCCCUGGGGCGUCGACGUUUCGUCCGGUGUCGAGACCAACGGCGCCAAGGACAGCGCCAAAAUUAUCGAGUUUAUUACGCAGAGCAAGGAGCCUCUGUGA